GGGGGUUCUGAUUUGUUGAGCUGUUGAGCUGAGCUUUACCCCAGCUGCCUUGUAUUGACUUGCCUUAGAUCAUGGGGAGCUCGUUUUUUCCUUGGAUGCUCCUAAAUUUUUCUGCAGGAUAUCUGGUCUCCCUUUAGCAACACCAGAAAGCUACAAGGAUCUGUUUGCAUAGGUUGCCAGACUUUUCCUGCAGUGAUAUAUGAGAGUGAGGUCAUCGCUUUCUGCCGGCAAUGAAGUGUUUUUAUAAAUUCUCCAACAGAGAUAAGGAUGAUGAACCAAAGACUACUAAGUCUAUCUCUACUCGUUCAGCUUCCUCAUUCUUUUCACUAGAUCGUGACCCAAGAAAAUCAAGUUCUGAGUUCAAUUCCCAGAAUACCACUGCAGAACUUAGCACAACAUCGUCCACUAAGUCAUUUGCAGCAUUGUCGCAGAGACAGAGUAAUAAUCUCAGAGAAUUCACAUGCUCGGAGUUAAAAGCAGCAACAAAGAACUUUAGCCUCUCCCUCAUGCUUGGAGAGGGUGGGUUCGGCGGUGUGUAUAGGGGUAAUAUCCGGAGUGCAGAAGAUCAACAUAAAAGAAUAGAUAUCGCUGUUAAACAACUGAGUAAACGGGGUUUUCAGGGCCAUAAAGAGUGGGUGACUGAAGUCAAUGUUUUAGGGGUUGUUGUACAUCCAAAUCUUGUCAAGCUGUUAGGCUACUGUGCUGAGGAUGACGAAAGAGGGAUUCAACGGCUCCUGGUUUACGAAUAUAUGCCCAACAGAAGUGUGCAAGACCACUUAUCAAGCCGAUUUCAGAUAGCUCUUCCAUGGGGCACAAGAAUGAAAAUAGCCCAGGAUGCUGCCCGUGGCUUAGCAUACCUCCAUGAGGGGAUGGAAUUUCAGAUUAUCUUUAGGGAUUUCAAGUCUUCAAACAUACUUUUGGAUGAACAAUGGAAUGCCAAGUUAUCGGACUUUGGAUUGGCCAGACUUGGGCCUUCAGACGGAUUAAGUCACGUCUCUACCGCGGUUGUUGGAACAGUUGGAUAUGCAGCUCCUGAAUACAUUCAAACUGGGCAUCUCACAACAAAAAGUGAUGUGUGGAGUUAUGGAGUUUUCCUUUUAGAACUCAUCACAGGCAGACGACCUCUGGAUAGAAACCGACCCAAGAACGAGCAAAAACUCUUGGAAUGGGUGAGGCCACACCUCUCUUCAGACCUAAAAAAGUUCCAGGUGAUUUUGGAUCCAAGGCUCGAAGGAAAGUAUUCCCUCAAGGCAGCCCAAAAACUAGCAGCUGUAGCCAGCCGAUGCUUGGUGCGACACCCUAGAUCGCGCCCCAAAAUGAGUGAAGUCUUGGAGAUGUUGAACCGAAUCAUGGAGACAACGGACAUGGGAAGCCCGGAACUCCCUCUGCAGGGUGUGGACUCCAAAGAAGACUAUUUUGCGGAAUCCAAAAGAGAGUAUUUGAUGAGGAGGUUUGUGGAUCCAUUCAUCGGAGAGAACGGUUGCUUAAAUUGGCCAAUAUGGAGACCAAAGAUUGUAAAUCCAUGUUGAAAGAAGUUGAGGAGCAUACUGGGAAUUGGCAGAAUUGCUAAUUUUGAUCAGGUGAUGACCUCAUUAGGUGACAACGUUUGCUUCUUUUUUGUUUUGCUCAUGUGAUGGAAAAUCUGCUCUAUGGUAUACUUAUUGGGAAAUGGAAGUGUAAAGUUGUAUUGAUCUCAUAUAUAUAUACAUAUAGAUGGGUACUUGAACUA